AUUUCUGUAAAUCUUCAUCUUCACAAACUCUCCCUGGAGAUUUUUAGCUACCGUUUCGUGGAAUUGGGAUAACGGAGGAGGAAUUGAAGAUAAUCUCAUAAGCAUUUUUGGAAUUCGCUACAGUUGGAUUGACGUCGUCGUUCUAUGGAAUAUGGAGACAGCAGCGGUACUGAUGAUGAUAAUCCCCAACCACUAUAUACUAGAGUAGGAGGUCGUGUGGCAGUUAACGGGAGACCAUAUCAAAGAAUGCAAAUUAACAUGGAGUCCGAAAUCCACAACUUGGAGCAGAUAGCAUACGGUGCAAUUCUACGAGCUUUCAAAGCACAAUCUGAUGCACUUACAUGGGAGAAAGAAGGUCUAAUUACAGAACUACGAAAGGAACUGAGGGUAUCAGAUGAUGAGCACAGGGAAUUACUUACUGAGGUUAAUGCUGAUGACCUCAUCCGCAGAAUCAGAGAGUGGAGAGAUGCAGGAGGGAACAGAAACAUAGCCCCCAAUGUUAACAAUCAGUUACAAAGUCCGACAGUUUCAGCAUCUCGCAAAAGGCAGAAGGCACCUCUAUCUGGAAAUCCAUUCGGCACACAAUCUCAGCCUUUACACCCUCAGUCAGUGGCUGGUACUACUCUGCCAUCUGCGAAAUGGCCACCUACUUCAGGGAUUGGUGGGCGAAGGCCUAAUGCUGGUCAGCCAGCAAAACCUGUGCAUUAUCAGAUUACCGAUCGUGUUUCUUCUGGGGCUCCAAUGGGUGACCCUUCUGAUAGCAUGCAGAACUCAUUAAUUGGUAGGAGAGUGAUGAUAAGAUGGCCUGCGGACAAUAACUUCUAUGAGGCGGUCAUAACUGAAUACAAUCCUGUAGACGGCCGCCAUUCUAUGGUUUAUGAUAGCAAUACGCCUAAUGAGACCUUGGAAUGGGUCAACAUCAAAGAGGUUCCCCCAGAGGAUAUCAGGUGGGUGGGUGAUGGUCCUGUAAUAUCUCGAAUGGAUGAUACAAGUGCACCUAACUCUGGAAGAGGGAGAACAUCAUCAAUGAAUCAAUUUGCUAAUGAGAGACCUUCACGAAAUGGGGUUAUGAAAGAUGAUUCCGAGGAAAUAGAAAUACUACAUACCGAGACAUUGAUUAAGAAGGUGGAGAAGGUGCUUGAUGCAACCCAUCCCAAUGUAGCAGAGCUGGAGAAUGCCAAGAAAAUGCUUAAGGAACAUGAGCAAACAUUGAUUGAAGUGAUUCAGAGACUUGUGGAUGCAUGUGAUAGUGAUGAGGAGCAUCCAUCAACGCGUGAACAUUUGGGGGGCCCACAACGUAAUGUUAGCCAUGAGCAUGAAGAUGUGGGAAGGUCCAACAGUUACGAAUUGGCAAGAGGUUGAGAGAGUUGCAGAUUUCCAGCAAGACCUUCUUUUCUAAAUAUCUGUGAUUGAUGUUAUUCUAUCGGGAUUUAGAUUUCUAGGGUAUCCGAGCUAUUAUCAUCUCUUUCUUUUUGUCCGUAUAAAAUGCAGACUCCAGUAGUGCUUUAACUCAGUUGUAAAAGAUUAGACUUUUCUUGUAUAUUUCACAUAUGUGAGUUAUGCAGACUCCUGUAGUGCUUUAACUCAGUUGUAAAGGAUUAGACUUCUCUUGUAUAUCUCACAUGUGUGCACAAA